UCUGCCUCAACUAUAUCCAGCGCGGUGCCGGUCUCAGUGCAGCUGUAUUGGGUUCAGGUUGGCAGCUGGCGGCGCGCACGGCGGAACGUGUCCCGUCGCUCUUCACCCCGGCGCUCGAACCGUGGAAUAAUGACCAGAGCAGAGGCUACCUCCAUCGCCCUGUCCUGAGCCCGUUUCUGUUCCAUACCGUGAGACAUUUACACCGAAGAUGAUGGAGACCGGAGUCCGCGUUUUUUUGGUUUUCCUCCUCCACCAGGCUGCCAAUGUGGGUUGCCAACAGGAAGGACACCACGAGGGCUGUGUGCCCGGCUUCCAGGUCAAACAAUACCAGGUGGCAUAUAGGAGAACUUUCCAGAAAGGCCUGCCACUCCUACAAGUUGAAUUUGAUGAUUGUGCGGGUAAUGAGGACGUGGCCUUUGAGGUGUCCGCUCCUGGCUUCUGCGUCGACGGAGAUUUGAAUUUGGUUCCCCUGCAAGAUGUCACAUACAGCAGACCAGUUAUGUUCAUCCACGGGCUCAGUGCGCAUGCAGCUGACGUGGCACAGGUGGACAUCAGUGGACUACCGCAUGAGUCACAGCAUGCUCUCAAGGAGAUUCUGGGUCUGCCACACAGAUCGAAAAGAUCCCUGCUGGUUCCUCCUAUGAUUGUUACAGAGAACCAGCGAGCCCCAUUUCCAAGGAUCAUUGGCAGGUCUCACGUGAUUUCAACAGAGAAGUCCUGGGACCAUAUCUUCCGACUGACAGGCCCUGGUGCUGACCAGGAUCCGAAAGGUCUCUUCACCAUUGACAUAGACACAGGAGAUGUGUCAGUUACCCGCUCACUGGACCGGGAGGCUAUUGAUUCCUACCAGCUGGAAGUGUCAACCACAGACUUAAAUGGAAACCUUGUUGAGGGACCAGUUAUACUGGUGAUCACAGUCAUCGACCAGAAUGACAACCGACCCAUAUUCAAAGAGACCCGCUACACAGGAGAGGUGCUCGAGGGGUCCCCUACAGGAACCACAGUGAUGACAAUGAUGGCGCUUGAUGCAGACGACCCCGCUACAGACAACGCAGCUUUGCGUUACAACAUCAUCCGACAGUCGCCGGACAAACCCUCCCCGAACAUGUUCUACAUCGAUGCAGAGAGGGGCGACAUCGUCACCGUCAUCUCCCCUGCUUUACUUGACAGAGAGACGCUGCCAACCACAACAUAUGAGCUAGAGAUUGUGGCCAAGGACAUGGCGGGAAGUGAAGUGGGCCUGACAGGAACAGCUACAGCAACCAUUACCAUCACAGACAAGAACGACCAUGCCCCUGAGUUCACACAUCCUCUGUUUGAAGCCUACGUAUACGAGGGCUCGACUGGUGUGGUGGUUAACCUGACAGUAGAUGACAGAGAUGACCCCGCGACGGGGGCAUGGAGAGCAGUCUACUCUAUAAUCAACGGAGAUCCCACACGGAGCUUUGAGAUUCAAACCAAUCCAGACAAUAAUGAGGGAAUGCUGUCCGUUAUCAAGCCUCUGGAUUAUGAAGGCACAGCCUUCCACAAGAUCUUCAUCAAAGUAGAGAACGAGGACCAUCUGGUUCCUGAUGUUGGCUACGGCCCCAGCUCCACAGCAACUGUUCAAGUUAGAGUUUUGGACAUUAAUGAAGGCCCAGUCUUCUUCCCUGACCCGCUGAUUGUCACCAGGAUGGAAAACAUUCCAGUCGAAAGCUUUGUAGCCUCUCUCAAUGCCACAGACCCGGACACAUUGCAGUUACAAAGCGUCAGGUACGCUAUCCUGAGAGAUCCAGCGGGCUGGCUGACUGUGAACCAACUGCGAGGAACUGUCAACACUUUGGCCUCUCUGGACCGUGAAUCUCCUUAUGUUCAUGACAAUAAAUACACAGCUGUGUUCAUUGCCAUCGACAACGGCAGUCCUCCAGCUACGGGCACUGGGACGUUGAUCAUCUACCUUGAAGAUUACAAUGAUAAUGCGCCCUAUGUGGUACCAUCCGUAGCACAAGUGUGUGAAGACGCACAUGAUAUGAACGUGGCCAUAGUUGGUGGACGGGACAAGGAUCUACCGCCCAACGGGGCUCCGUUCAACAUAGAACUGGCAAAACAACCUGGACUGGAUAAAACAUGGAAAGUCACCAGGGUCAACUCUACACACUCCCAAAUCAUGCUGCUGCAAAGUCUGAAGAAAGCCAACUAUCAGCUUCCAUUGAUCAUCACUGAUUCAGGGGUGCCUCCUUUGUCCAACAACACAGAGGUGAAAGUUCAGGUCUGCGUCUGCAAGAAGAGCAAGAUGCUCUGCAGCUCUGCUCACUCACACCACGCCAGCCUUCUCAUCAUGCUAACAACACUCAUGCUCGUCCUACCCUGCCUGUAGCUUCUGCCAAAUGGUCCUGUUUGCAAGAUCGGAAAGCAACGACUUAUCUCCCCCGCACAUGACGCUGGCUUUGCAGAGAGAGGAGGAAAGAGGAGACGCUAGGAAAAGUCUUGACACCGUGAAAAAUCAAACAUGACAAUAAACACAAUCCCCACCAGCUCAACUGUUGUGGAAAAAUCACUUAUCUUCUUGCAACACUUGUCUCCCUUUCUUCAUCGCUUCUUUCCUCACUCCUUUCCGACAUCAUAUCCCAUCAUCUUUACCUUGUUUGACAUUCUGUCCUAUCCCCACCUUAACCCCAGAUGCCAUCGAUUAUUCAAUCACAUUCUUUUUUACACUUUUCACCCGAAUGCAUUCUUACAUUGUCAUACAGCGGGGGUCUGCUGGCAGCCUGGAAAAUGUAUCCCAGCAGAAGGUGCUGUUUUAGUAGAUUUUGGGUGUGUCAUGUCAUAGCAUGCUCCGGUAUCAAGCAACCUGAUUGGAUCGUCACGUGCUGUCAUUACACUUUGCAUGUAACGCCAUCAAACAUCAAUAUCCCAUUGAUCAAAUGUCUCACUGCUACUGAUGCAGCGCUUUCCGUCGAUACAUUUUUAUUGUUUAAGUGCCCAUAACUGGCUAGCAACACCCAUGGUAACCAUUUCCAGACAUACAACAGUAGGUGCAGCUGCACAAUUUAAAGCGAUACCAACAAUAGCUGUACUGCAAAUUCCACGUAAUUGGACAAUAACAAUGCUAGAAGAUAUUAUGCUUAAUUGUGUAGAACAGCACUGCAUCAUACGGAGAUAUUUGUUACCGAUGCGAAAAAUACCUCUCAGUUUGUUGGCGUGCCGUUCUACACCACUCUUAAACUACAUCAACAAUAAUAAAGAUACCUCUCUGACUGUGUCAAUCAAAAUACUAAGUGUGACUCUUGAACUGGAUCUCAGUCAGUUGAGUAAGUGUAUCUAAGGAAGUGGUCAUUGAGCGUACUGUAUAUUCAAACCAAUGAUGAGUGACUAGCACUGUUGCCUCACAUCAAGGAGGCUUGGACUUCUCUGUGUGGGAGUUUGCAUGUCUCCCCGGGUAUUCCAACUUUCUUAUACAAUUCUCAAAACAUGUAUUUUAGUUACAGGCUUUAAACAGGUGUGAAUAUGAUGUAAAUGGGCAUUUGUCUCUAUGUGUCAACCCGGUGAUUGACAGGGGAUCAGUCCUGGCUGUUUCACCCUAGGUUACGUUCACACUGCAGGUUAUGAUGCCCGGUUCAGAUUUUUUGUUAAACUCUGAUCUUUUUUGUGGUCGUUUACAUUGCCAAAAAAAUGUGACAUGUCCAUGUGAAUGCAAAACGUCCAGGAAGUGACGCACAACUUGGCACGCAUUGCCGUGUGUUUACGGAAGUAAACAUUGCCUCAAUGUAUGCUCUCCUUGGCGCGUUUGUGGCAAUUUCAAAGAUUUUGUACAACGGGAGUCAACAUUUUUUUACCCAAAUGAUUUUGUGUAGAUUUUGUGUGCGAUUAAGAGAAAGAGGGUUAGACUUUUGGCUCUGGCAGCUCGUGGAGAACUUGCUGCGAGGCCUGUUCCAAGGAGCGCCGGGGUGCACGUCGGAGCCAUGAGUGGUGGAACAUUGACCUGAGCCGCUUCACGGACACUUUUUUAAAAGAAUUUUCGAAUGACGGGAAGAACUUUUUCCUAUAUCGGUGUGUACCUUUAACCAAGUCCCACACGGCAAAACUCGUUAUUCGAUGACGUGUAGGUCGGAUGUAUACAACCCCAGGAGGAUUAUCAGCACAAAACAGCCCCUGCUGCCAUCGGCCCGUACAGGUGAGAAAGAUUAAAACACCUAAUGGAAGAUACCAUUCCACAUUCAUUUGCUGAGAAAUUUGCAUAAUCUCCCUCCCCUUUGAGGGCAAAGUGCAGGUUUAGAUUGCACUAUUUAAAGUAAAUAAUUAAUCAUGGCAAGCUAUACCACCCUCUGUGCAUCCUGAUUUGUAUUGCAUUUUUAACUGUUUUUUUUUACUCAUUGAUAAUUUAUUCUUAAGUAUGUCAGCAUUAUUAAUCCUUUAUACCUGAUUCCCUGACCAAAAAACAACGGGAAUCUGGGAAACUUCACCUGCACUGUCCAGUAUCCAGGUAUUUUUUUUACAGUCACGCUGUUUGAAUUUUUGGCUAAAAACUUAAUGAAUCGUUUCGGAUCGUAUCUUUCUAGAUGAAACAAUAUCGUCCUUGAAUUGUAUCGGCAACCACGAAUCGUGAUACAAAUCGAAUCGUUAUUGAAACCAACCAUUACACCACUAGACCGCACCGUUCAGACUGCAGUAGAUCAGAUACAUAUCGCAUUUCUAGCUACAUACGAACAAGGCCCGAGUCGCAUUUAAAAGAAAUCGGAAUUGUGAUGUUCACCCUGGCAUGAAAACUACGCCACUGAUUUUUGCUGACUUUGGACUAUCACCAAAGUCUUGCAAUUUGACUUGGACUUUGACGUCAACAGUUCAGGACGUGACUUGAACUUUAAUCUGAUGACUUGAUAAUAGUUGAGAUUUUCAGUGAAUGUGUUGAGUAAAAUGUGUUCCCAUUGGAAGUAUUCAACUAACGUGAUCGUUAUUACGCGAUUUCCAGCAAGACAACAUCUUUUCCCUGUGAAUCAGUGAAUGCAUCUAUUAAUGUCCAAUCAGGUUUAAGAACAAACAACGGAUGUUUGGAUUGCACUUCUGUGCGCUGACUAAAUCCUGAACGCUCUGUCAACACUCUCUUUCUGUGACAAGUCUUGUCACACGAGUCUUAUUUUAUUUAGAAAAUAAAACAAUUCAAAACGCAUUCAUUAUAUUUGUCAAUUUUAAUAGAAUUUUACAUUCUUAAAAUGGUGUUUCAUUUGGGAGACACUAGAGAGUGCUUAUGACUUGUAAGGACUUGAAAAUUUCAAACCGAUGACUUCGGACUCGACUCAAAAUGUCUUGUCUUGAUUUGAGACUGACUUGGAGUUGCACGUCUUUACUUGAGACUUGACUCGUGACUGCAGAUUAAAGACUUGAGACUUGCAAAACACAGACUUGCUCCCACCUCUGAAGGUCACAUCUGAGCACAAACAUCAGCAUUGACCUGCAGUGUGAACGUAGCCUUUGUCAGCAUUAACCCUGGACAGGACAUGCAUGGGCGGACAAAUGCUCCACAUUCAUCACUUCAUCAGCCAACCAACCUGAUUAUUUAUCCACCCCUUCAUCCUUCUACUCCCUCCCCAGCACGUCCCGCCUCCCUUUCCUCGUGCCGACAAACACGGCAAAGGCUGAGAUACUGUCCUGGAGGGCGUGGAGCUUUGGCUUUUUGAUGUGUUCUUUUCUACUCUCAGCAGGCUAUGUUUGAUCUAGUUUCCCUGUUUCAGAGGAGAGAUGCUGCCUGUUUCUUUGUCUGCAGUGGUCGUGGUCUUUUAGGACAAGGUGGUAGCCAAUAAGCCUUUAAAAGUCGGAAACUCUGGAGUUGUUUCUUCGAUUUACCUGUUUUUAUUGCAUUAGUUGUCAUGGAGUGAAAACAGUAUAUCUUUAUAGUAAUGGUGUAAACCUUUAAAAAAUACUAUUAUAAAAAAUAUUUUAUUUUUUACCAUUGUAUAAAUAUACAGUAUUGAUUAACUUAUGUACUUUGAUUGCAAGUUAUUUGGGUCCCCCACACAGUGAGUGAAUAAAAGAAGAUUUUGGGCUUUUUCUCAGUGAACUUGAGCACUAUUUCUAAUGCCAUUGGUGUCAGUGUUGACUUUUCCAUUGUAACAUCUCUGCUGUUGCUUUUUUUAAUUAUCGUGAUUAAUUGCAAAAUAAGAAAUCUUGAGUUUUCGAUGCCCAUGUGUUUAGGUUGAAACGUUCCUCCCCUGUUCUCUCUCCAUCUCUUUUACAAGUCCUAGGAAAGAUGUUAAAGAAAACAAAGGAUGUGUUUGUGGUGUGUAGUUGACGUUUUCUCUCCUGCCUGCACUCAAGAGACGGUUGAGUGAGGGCUCGAGUGGAAAGCAACCUCAAAGAAAAAGAAGACAUUCUGAAUGAGUUAUGUCUGUCUUUUGCACUAAUUUAAUAAACCCGUUACUGAAAAUGACCGUAUGCUGCAGCUGUGCAAUUUCUUUGUCUGAUGUUGCAACUUAACAAAUGCAGUGGUGUGAAAAAGUGUUUGCCCCCAACCUGAUUUCCUUUGUUUUUGCAUGUUUGUCACACUUAAAUGUUUCAGAACAUCAAACAAACUGAAAUAUUAGUCAAUGACGACACAGCUGAACACAAAAUGCCGUUUUUAAAUGAAACUUUUUAUUAUUAAGGGAGAAAAACCUACAUGGCGCUGUGUAAAAAGUGAUUGCCCCGAGUCUAAUAACUCUUUGUGCCACUUUUAGCAGCAACAACUGCAAUCAAACACUUGCGAUAACUUGCAAAGAGUCUCUUCCAGCGCUGUGACGGAAUUUCUGCGCAGUCAUCUUUGCAGAAUUGUUGUAAUUCAGCCACAUUGGAGGGUUUAGGGGGCAAACACUU